UCUCUCUCUUAUGUAUCCUAAGUGUUCACAGAGGUAGUUUCCACAAGAUUACAGUGAGAUAAUCCACUUUCAGUAUUUAGUGACAUGAGCCGCCAUCUGUCCUCUGUUAGCAUACUGAGAAUACAGGCUUAUGCCAGCCAAAGUCCUUCUCAAAGACGUUCCUGCAGGAUGGAGACAGGACUACAGGCAGAAGAAUCUACCAACUGCAACCUGACAGAACAUUCUUUCGUGUACGCGCACUUCUAUUUGCAGGGUUCUGGUAACGCGCCAGGUGUUCAUUUAAGAGUCUUCGCGUGGUAAUUGAUUGCACUAGGUGUGGCAAAGUGACAAGUUGAGCGUUUUCACUGUGAUUGAAGCGAGGACAAUUCAAAUUUUAAAGCAGUGGACGCAGGGACAAUACUGACCGUGGAAUCCCAAGCCAAACUGGAUUUAAAAACAGAGGUACCUAGUGAGCAAUUUCAAAUAUAAUUUGACUCUUCUGUCCAGUGAGAUAUACCUCAGCGUCAUACGUCCCCGCCAUCAUCCCACUCCAGAUGAUGCGGACAGACAAUAAAGGCCGGAGCGCCUCCCCCCACAGGAAUGCCUACAAGUCUGACUUCCACACUAUCAAAUGCUCCUUGGACACGGGGACCAGGCUUAGACCUACUUCCCUGGCCCUUUCCAUCCCCUCACCUGGCCCUUUGGCAGUCCCUCACAUAAGGCCUUGCAGUGACCCUGGGGAGGGUACAAGGGGUAGGCCGGUCAGCCCUAGAGGGACGAAGAUCAGAGACAACAUCUUCCUCCAGAUGGAUAGCCAGCAGCACCUAAUUUCUCCGUCGUCUCAGGUCCUGUCGAAACACCCUAACAGCCCCAGCACUUUCCCAAGCCGUGUGUCCUGCAUUGAACCAUCUAUGCUAGAUAAACCAUCCAAGGCAGAGGAUAUGGCAGAGGUGGACCGAGCAGCUCUAGCUCAGAAAUUCUCUGUGACCAGGAAGUUGUUUGAGACUGUCAGCGUGGGUCAUAAUUCAAAGGUCAGUCCUGGCAGAGGUAGUAGAGGGUCAGGGGAGGGAGCGGGGUUGGGGAGAGAGAGCGCUAGGUGUAGGUUAGAUAGAGAGGAGCUGACGUCCACGUCAGAAAGUGAAGGAGAGGUGGAGAUGAGGAAAGCGAUGGAGGCUGGUAAACCAAUCCAAAUGCAUACACACAUUUCUCUUCCCUACAUAAAAAUCCAUACAUACCCUUCAUCAGUGGACACUAGCCCUAUGCCCCUACACCCUGUAAAAUAUCUCUCCCGUGAGACAUUAACCUCUGAUGGCCCAAGUCCUACACCUGACCCGUCAGAUAACAGGCUGGUAUUAGAUGGAAGUGUGUGUGAGGACUCCGUGGGCUCCCACACAUCCAACCCAUUUAGCCCACCAUUUAGCCCUUCUAACCCCCUCAGUCCUCUCACUCCAGUGUCCCUCUGUUCUGACCAGACUGACUUCUAUGGUCCUAGAUGUCCUAAUGCUGACCCUUCAGACAAUAGGAGUUUGUCUGUGUGUAAUGACCCUAAUGACCUUUACAUGGUCCAAGGUGACCCUUUGUCCCACACGGAAGCGUCAGGGGCUGAGACUGUUAGGGCGGAGCUAGUGGAGGUCAAGAAUGAGUCAUCUGAGAGUGAAGGGAAUGAAGGGGAGGAGAACACCAUCAAGAAGGAUGUGGAAAAUCGCAGGAGGGAGGAGUGCAAUGAGAAGAGCCUGGUUGAUGACGUAUUUGAAGAAAUCAGAGUGGAACCUGUAGAAUCUACAUCAGAACAGAAAAUGGUGGAACAGAGAACGGUUGAACCUCCAGUAGAACCCAGAAUUGUAGAACCCUUGAUAAGAGAGUGUGUUGAGGGUUUCACUGACGCUCCUGAGGUGAAAGCGCAGGAAAAAGAGUCAGAGAGAGGCAUGUAUCCACAGGAGGUGCAACACAAGGAGGGGCAAAUGGAGGGAGAAGACGGACAAUACAGAGAGGCGGUGACACCGGGAGGAAAUGAUAUAGUGAACCGAGGGUUACUGAUGGAACGAAGAGCUGAGGCAGGGCUGCAGGACAAAGCUGAGGAGAGUGAAGGCCUGUGUAAAGAGGAUAGUGAGAGGAGAGGAGAGGAAGAAGGAGAAAAGAUGGCCAAAUUGCAGCCAGGAGAGGGGAGAGGGGGGAAGUCCAGAGAGGGGGAGGAAGAGAAGAGAGAAGGGAGGGGAUGCGCUGAUGAAGAGGACAGCGUGUCUGCGCCUAUCCCAGGCCCUGAAAACCAGGCCUUCAUGGAAGACCGAGAACUGGAUUUGGAUUGUUUUCAUGACGAUUCAGGAGAGGACUCUGACAGCUGUCCAACUCCAGGUCCGGAGGAGCAUCUCCCUACUGAAUGUGAGGAGAUUCCCGGUCUUCCUCAAGAAAAUGGUGAUGAUGAGGAUGAUAUUGCUAGGAGGAGGAAGAUCAAAUUCUCCACAGCACCAAUUAAGGUGUUCCUCACCUACUCUAAUGCAGACUAUGACCGGCGUAAUGAUGAUGUUGACCCAGUGUCUGCCUCUGCUGAGUACGAACUGGAGAAGAGGGUGGACCAGAUGGAUGUCUUCCCUGUCCAGGUAGAGAAAGGAGAGGAGGGUUUAGGGAUCAGUAUCAUUGGAAUGGGCGUGGGGGCUGACAUGGGGCUUGAGAAGUUGGGAAUCUUCGUUAAGACCAUCACACACAACGGAGCUACACAAAAGGACGGACGUAUCCAGGUGAAUGACCAGAUCGUGGAGGUAGAUGGAACCAGUCUGGUUGGAGUCACACAGCUGUUUGCUGCUACUGUGCUGAAGAACACAUCUGGCACUGUCAGGUUUUUGAUUGGCCGGGAGAAGCAGGGGGCGAAGAGUGAGGUGGCUCGUCUGAUAACUGAGAGUCUGGAACAGGACAGGAAUCCGCCUACAAUAAAGGUGUCAAAUGUGGAUAAUUGUGAUGGUGUGGGGUUGAGCUCGGUGAGUGAGGUAGAGGAAGACCUCCCUACAGAGGAUGAAAACGGACAACAAGAAGAGGAUAUCAACAGCUUGGACACUUCCCAGCUCUGCCUGAAAUACCAAGAGCUCCAGUUAAAACUCAGGACCAAAUCUGACCAACUCCGCUUUGCCCGGGAGAAGCUGAGGGUAUCUGAGGAGCAGAAGGCCUUGUGGGAGAGUCGUCUGGCUGAGCUGGAGCAGAGUGUCCAGGAUGGAGAGGAGAAAGCUGACAAAUUAGACAAGUACUGGCAGGAGGCCCAGGCUCUGUGCAGGAUUGUUAACCAACGGCUGUCUGACACUCAAAGCCAGUUAGACAGCCUGGAAGUCAAAUACAGCAAGGCUAAGAGACUACUCAGGGAAUUUCAACACAGGGAGAAGCAGAGUGAGCGGAGGGAGGAGGAGCUGAGAAGCGAGAUGGAGGAGAGUGAGAGGAGAAACAGAGAAACUGUGGAGGGACUUCAGAAACGGAUAGCUCACCUGGAGCGAGGGGAGACAGUUCCAGAAAGCGACAACCAAUCACUGGACACCUCAUUUACCUCAGGUGCAGACUGGAGCAUUGCAGUGCCUGUGACCUGCCGGUUAGACACCAGCGCUCAUAGGGCCAGAGCCCAGCUGGCCCAGAAAGCAAAAAGAAAUCCUCCCUCACGAAACAAACUACGAGGGUCCUUCAGGAGACAGAGUGAAGAUGAGCAGAUACCGAGUUGUGAGGUGAAGAGCCAAUCGUUGACCGUGUCGACCCCCAGAGAGACAGGACGUUCUCUCUCAGCAGGAUGUCAUCGUGUACACUCCACCUCUUCGCUGUCUGCCCCCACCCUCCAGUCCCAUCCCCCAUCCACUCUCCUCACCCCACAGCCCGGCCUGUCCCCCCCUCAAGACCACACCAGCUCCACCACAUGUAAAUCGAAGAGGAAAUUCCCUGACUUCAGUGGCCUCCGCAAGUCUCUGAGCAGAGGCCGGAAAAGUGACAACGAGAAGAACAUAGGAAGGUCCCAGGACCUCAGGGGAUCAUGUGGUGACCUCGUAGAUGACUCCAGCAGUGGUGUGUCAAUCUCUGGUUCUGUCACAUCCAUCCCUUCCUGCCUACCGUUCUCCUGGUUUGGGGAACGAGGAAGGGAGAGAGAGAAGAAGGAGAGAGAGAAGCUUCACUCUGUCUCCAGCUGCAGUCUACCCUACAUGACCACCGGGGGCAGAAGAGACUGCCAGAGAAUGAAUGUCGCAGACUCAGACAGUACCAGCUCUGCCCUCCUAUCAGGGAUGCUAUCGGAUCUGUCUCUGUCUGCACGCUCUCAAACUCUCACGUUCUCCUCUUUAGAGACUCUGGACGAUGACUCUGUCCAAGUUGACAGUAAUCAAUGUCAAAGCCGACCCCUGGACCAAUGGACCAAUCAGCAGGUUUGCCUGUGGUUGAUGGGCAUGAGCAUGGACCAGUACGCAGCAGAGUUUACAGCCAAUGGUGUGGAUGGGCUGCAACUACUCAGUCUGGAUAACAACAAACUCAAGGCUCUUGGUGUGUGCAGUCAAAGUGACCGUGCUGCUUUAAAGAAAAGGCUGAAGGAGAUGAGGAAGACCCUGGAGAGAGAAAAGAGCAAGGAGACAGAAAGCAGGAGGAAAGAGGAGAGACUGAGAGAGAGAAAUAAGAGGAAGGAGAGUGUCGAAAAGGAGAAGCAGGAGAGAUUGAAUACAGGGAAUGAGGGAAUGGAAGCCAGGCAUAUUGGUAAAAAGGUCAGAACAGAGUCCCUCUGCUGAAGUCUGGGCUCGGAACUCCAACCCCUUAUACCACAAAUUAUCUUCAGUGUCAACUUUCUAGGAUUAUCUAAAGGCACUACUCUACCAGCACAAAUCAGUCUUACUGUGUCUUCACAGCCAAUGGCAUAAUAUAAUUUGUAUCUAUUUUGUAAAGAUAUAUCUUGCUAUGUACAGGCUUUUGUAUAAAUGUAAUACAGUUGAUAGAAUUUAAGCACUAGAUUGUAUUUUAAGCUCUGAGUGUUUUAUUUGCAUAAAUAAAUGUUUUAUCUUCUA